AUGUACGGCGUAGUUAUUCCAUUACUACUACUUGUGCUUAUAAACACGACGGCUCUGGCGAGAGUCCGUGAAAUCGAGCUCAAUCUUUCUGUCAAGGUUGUAAACCCUGAUUGCCAUACCGAAGGCUAUGAGGUAAUGUUGGUGAACGGACAACACCCUGCUCCACCGAUCCAAGUCACCAAAGGCGACGAAGUCCGUAUCACUAUCAACAAUGACCCGGACUCAGACCGUGAAACGUCCAUUCACUACCAUGGAAUCCUCCAGAUCGGUACCACCGAGGCCGAUGGCAUGCCCUUGGUGACACAGGCUCCGAUCCCACCUGGUGGCACUUUCCAUGCAAACUUCAAAGUCAUUGACCAAACUGGCACUUAUUACUACCACGCCCACAGUGGUACGCAAGACAGUUCUGCUCAUGGACCUUUUAUUGUGUACGAAACCGACGAGGACUGGCCAUGUGCGACUGGUAAUGAUAACAUCCUGAGUACCCUCUUGCUCGGUAAGAAGAAGCUCCAUGAAGGACCCUACGCAUACGACGAUGAACGAGUUUUGUUCUUCUCCGACUGGUUACAUCAAGACCAGCAGAAAAGACUCGAAUAUUUAAUGGGACCAAACUUCGCCGACAUUGGGGUUACGGAUAGCUUUUUGAUCAAUGGUCGAACAGUAUAUGAUCCUUCCACGCUCCAGAACGACGACAGCUGCGAGGGUUAUUCAGCGAUCGAUGUAGAGCCAGGCAAGCUCUAUCGUUUACGGGUCAUUGGUGCUACGACAUUUAGUGCCAUGAACUUUACUAUCGCCCAGCAUAGAAUGACAAUCAUAGAAGUGGACGGUGUAUUGAUUCAGCCGUACGAAACAGAUUCGCUAUUAGUGGUCCCUGGCCAGCGAUUUUCUGUUCUCCUGAGGGCGGAUCAACCUCCUGAAGACAGCUACUACAUUUCGACAGAAAGCGUUUUUACCCCAGAUGCGACUAGCAACGGGGUUGCUAUCCUACAGUCAAUUGUACCCAAAAUGUUCGAGCCUCAUGCGCGCAAGGCCACGGUUCCAGCCCAAAUACCAGCUCCACCACCCAAUACUAGCAGACAGCCUGAGAAUUAUUUGUUUCCAGAGUUCCGCCCUGUAUAUCCCGAAAGACACAACUUUAACUCGCCUCCCGACCGUACAAUUGAACUGGUACCGGUAGAUACAAGAAUGCCCGACGGUACAGUGCGAUGGCUUGUCAACGGUCGCUUAGCGCCAGAGUGGAGUCCCUCGUUGAUACAACUGCUCCAAGAAAUGCACCAAGUCCGGAUUAAUAAUACUGCCAUCGAAAUGAACGCGGAAGGUCGAGGCGAUGGCUUUGACGACGGGCAUCAAACGUAUCCUUUAAUGGUCGACGAGGUUGUCGACUUUGUGAUCCAAGGAACUGUGAUUUUAGAUGAUGGAUUAUGUCCUGCACACCCUUGGCAUACACACGGUAUGGUGCACUACACUAUCGCGCACGGUGUUGGUGCUUACGUUCAUGCGCGCGACAAGGAUAUUCGAACUUACCCUACGCCAACCGCCAAAGACAUAUCUCUGAUCUACCCUGCUCCCCCGUCGACUGCAGCUCCUGGAACUCCUUGCAGUUGGACAAAGUUUCGAGUACUCGUGAAAAAUCCAGGCUUGUGGGCAACUCAUUGUCAUAUUACCGCCCACAUGUUGCAAGGCAUGAGGGCCGUCAUGGAAGUCAGCCCUGAACAAAUACCGGUUCUACAAAACAACGACCACUUCUAG